GCCAACUAGCGCGCCCCUAUUGUUUAUUUAUUGUAUGCGAAAGGAUUACCGCACAGCACAUUCACCACUCACUCACUCAGUCGGUGCUAAAUGAUUGCUAUCGGUUUCGGUUUAUUAGCACCAUCGACCUGACUAACUACGACCGACCGGCCGACGACCAUUUUGUGAAAAAUGAAAUCUGGCAAAUAAAACGCCAACUAUUUAGCAACGUCGAUGGUGACAACAGUUCAGGCUCUCAGAAAUGACAAACAGCACGAACUACCAACGAACCCAGUAGAAUCAACAACUACAACUCUUACCCCCGAGAUGAUGUUGGAUGACUGAGUGGUUGCUUGCCUGGUUAUAACAAGUUUUCACACGACUCUUAAUGCUAUGCAACAUGCUCGUAGUAGUUAUUCACACAAACACACAGAGUAAGGAGAAUGGCAUGAAUGAAAUCUACGAGGCUGGUUUACAAGAACAUGGAUUCCAACAAUCAACUUCUGCAACUCUUAAAGGAGCUACAAGGGGAAAUAUUUUAUCAGAUUUUUGCGGACUGCCAAGUGAAUGUAACGUCUUUAAAGUUUAUGGGUAGCCAACAUUUGGAUCAACUUAUACCGAAAAAUUUGUUUGGUCCCAGAAUAAUAUUCGAACACUAUUUGAAGGAAUGGCAAGAGAAACAGACGGCCGUAGUGAAGCCAAAAGAUCCUCUGGAAGCUGCUGUUGAGACUCAAGUUGAAAGAAAACCCAGAGCUAUUCCCAAAUUAAUUUUGCCCAAACUAACAACAACAACAACGACAAAUGAGCCAGAAUCAAUUGUAAACGAUUCAAUUGAGAUCUUCAAUUCGAUGCCACCAAAGACAGAGAUUAUCAUGGAGGACACAGAAACAAUGGAUUCUUCAUAUCCCUCAGAGCCAUGGCCAUCACAACCGGAUGACGAUGACUACACUAACGACUCAAGUUUGCUUGAACCCUUACCAUCAACCUCCACCAAAAGGUCUGAACCUUACGACACUGGUGUCAAACUAACAGUCAUUGAUAUUUUGAAACAAUCCUUCAAUGGCAAACAAGUUCUGACGUAUUAUGAGAAAAAUUCCAUUUUAACUCCAAAAAUGAGAGUCCUCUUGGCUACCUCCUUGGUAGAGUAUCUGGUUGAGAAAAAAAUUAUACCAAAGCGUGAGAAUAUAGAAGCCAUGGCAGAGAACAUAGUCAAGUGCUUCAAAACCGAAGAUAAGGAUAUCUACUAUGUGCCACCGGAACGUGGUAAAAAACCAGGAGGCAUUUUAUACCUCAAAUAUUACAACUAUGCCAAGAAACUAAAAAAGGUGGGCUGCUACGAUAUGAUGGAAUACGCCAAACCGAGCAUUAAAUUUUCCCUAGACGAGGAAGCAAAUUCCGAGGAACCCAAUCCAAUACUAUUUACACCAUUAUGCAAAUCGGUAUUUGAUUUAAAGCUACCGGUAGCGAAAAUCCUCAGUAAGAGCUAUGAUGGCCGUCAACUAUUGAAUCACUAUGAGAAGCAUGACAAUCUAACACAGAAGCACUCCUAUAUGGUCUCUGCCUGCAUUAUCAAUUAUAUGUUUGAAAAUGAAAUCAGAGCAAAACCAGAGGAUUUUGAAGUUAUAGCCGAUAAUAUAAUACAAUUGUUUCCCAAUGAGAGUAAGGAGACUUAUUACUCCAAGGAGAGGGGGAAAAAACCUGGUGGAAUUUUAUUUAGAAAAUAUCACAAUACCAUUUCCCAACUCAAGAGAAAAGGUUUGGAAGUUAUCGCCAUGACACAGUGCAAAAAGCAGCGUCUAUCUGCGCCAGCAAUUAACGAAACAGAUCAGCAAGCUGAAGAUCGCUUAUGGCUGCAACAAUAUUUGAAACCUAUGGAUGAGAUUAUGCAGAAAUGGAAGUCAACGCAUGUCAUAAGACUGGCGUUUAUUGAACAAAACAAUUUAUCAAAGAUUCUUGAGGAGUGGCCCCUGUAUCGACAAACCUUUGGGCAUAAAUUGAUUGAAAUGGAUUUCUCAAUGGAAAGCCCAGAGACAGCCAAUAAUUUGCAUACAAGGUGGGAGCACUUUAGUAAUGUUCUCAUGUGCCUACUGAAAGAUGUUGUGGAUCAUGAAAUCGUAGAAAUGCUGAAAGAUUUUUAUGGAACACAGCAUGAUCAAGAAGUCAACAAUUGUAUCAUUUUCUAUGCCAUCCAUUACAUUAUCAAACCAACUGCCCGCAUCAUCACCCAUGACCCGGUGACAAAGGAGCGAAAAAACAAUAAAGUCAGCAUGCAGGAAUCGCGCAACUCAUUCAUGAUUCUCUGCCAAACACAAAAGGAUUUGCAAUCAGCUAUCGCAAAAAUGAAGAGUGACAGUGAUUCGAAUAAUGAAGCAUUCCCUCCCAUAAUCGGCUGUGUUGGCGAUUCCAUUUUCCAUAUAACAGAGUAUUAUGUCUUCUACGAUGAGGUGUGUUAUGAAUUCAACGAUAUCCUGAGUUGCGUCGAUGCUGCUUUUAAAGUGUUUCACAUUUUAAAGAUUGACUAUCCCAAACAGUGUAAGAGUGUUUGGUAUUUCAUACAAGACUAUUUUUUCGAUAUCAAACUGCCGAAUUGCGAAAAAACCUCGUCGUUGACAGGACUUUUCCACAAUUUGAAAGUAAUAUCUGUUUAAUGCAUUCAUAAAAUGAUUUUAGUUUUAAUUUUAUAGAUUUUAAACAUAUGUAUAAACUUUUUUAGUUAAACUUAAGAUGUCCAAAAUAAAAACAAAAUAAUA